CCAAUCCCGGCAUUUGCGAUCUCACUCGAACGGUUGUCCUCCAUUGUGAAUAAGUUUGCAUGGAAUCGAAGAAACUUGCUGUUGAAGCAGUGGGCAGUAGAUCGAGCAUUGUGAGGUGUCAUUACUUCGGUGAAUGUUGGGCUUUGCUCUGGGUUUUGCGUUUGUGGGUUUCGAUCCGCUCCCUGCGCGGCAUGGUUAUUGGAGUUGGAGCUUGAGCCGCGAAUUAGUGCUCUCGUCUUAUUUCGAGAUGUGGGUAUUGCAUUUUUUUGCACUUGAUACACUUUGCUGUGCGUUCUAGGUUAGUGGUGCAUUCGAAGCUGGAAAUCGGAGUAAUCUAGGGUGAGAGAAAGCUCCGGUGAUGGGGUUUUAACUGAUGGAUUGAAGGCUAUUUCCUCGUGUGAAGGUUUUUGUUGAUCUUUCUUAUCAAGCACUUGUGUUCAAUUAGAAGGGAGAGAUUCGGAUCCUGGGAGGAGUAUUACGAACGUUUUCGGAUGUAUGUUCAUUUGUGAGGAGGGUUACCGUAUCAAGCUAUUAUUAGCAGUGUAUGGCCAGGAUGUAUCUUGAUGAGUCUGGAUACGCAUCUUCAACAGAAUAAAAGAGGAGGCUUAUUAAGGGUACAUGCUUAGAUGCUGUAAGUUUAGCUCUUCAGCCUGUAAAGGAAUGAAAGAUAUCAGAGUGUUCUCAUCGGAGUUUCGCAAAUAGAAGUUGCAACCUGGCGUGAAUUUGAGAACAUACUUCUUAUUCUGCAACUGCUUGGCUAAGGGUAAGGGUGAAGGUAUGUGAAAUUCUGAUGAGAUUUUAGUGGAGCUUGAUAUCAGAGGCUGGGUAGGUGAAGAGGGAUCAUUUCGCAAAGCGCCAAUUCUCGCCGUCAAAUGUGACAAUAGGUGAAACCCAGGUUUCUUCUUUCUACAAAUCAAGGGGAUUGAAUUGGUAUCAACAGGUUCUCUGUUGCCGUUAUACUUUGCGAGGGUGGUGAAUCUCACAUCUUAGGGAGCCAACUGCCUUCUUUGUGGGUUCUAUACGGCGAGGUAGAAUAUUGUUCCUUAUGAUCAGAGAUGGACCUGCAUCAUGGUGGCGAAUACCGGCGUGAACUCUCUCUCGUUGAUCCAACUCACUCUUCACACGAAGGGGACGAGGCCCAUCUAUCAGACCCCGACCAAAUUCUGCACGAGUCUAAUGGCAGCCACGCAAAUGGCAACAGUCAUUUAAUUGAUGCUGGCAAUCAUCAGUCUCUCCUUGCACUCGAAGAUGCGGUAGUAUAUGGGCAUCCUCAGGGCUCACGGUGUGGACGUAUAUAUAAGAAGAGCAAUUGGGUGGUAGAGGAGAUGUUGAUUUUACAGGCAGCAAAAAGAGAGGAUCUUCACCGCCAUGAACGAAGUGGCAAGGGCUCUCAAAACCCUGCGCAGGAGAGGUGGAACUGGAUUGAGGACUAUUGCUGGGCUUCCGGGCUUCAGCGAAGCGCUCAGCAGUGCCAUGAUAAGUGGGAGGUCAUCUCAACAGCUUACAAGAAAGUCUAUAAUAAUGAGAAGCAUGCGUGUAAUGGACAUAAGUCUUAUUGGAACAUGACGCCCGAGGAGCGGAAGAGAAAUAAACUGCCUCCUAACUUUCAGAAAGAGAUAUUCAAUGCUUUAUUAGAGUGGUCUAACACCAAGACCAGGAAUUCGGACUCAGGAGAGCUUGUCGUUGACACUUCUGGGCCUUUGGGGCCAUCAGGUGUUAAAGCAGAGCUUGUGGACUCCGACGAUGAGAGCGGUGAGGAAACAAGCGGCCCACACCUGUCUGGGAAGAAGAGAAAGCUGUUGUCGAGAGCAGAUGAAGCUCUGGCUUCUAUACUGGUCCGCAACAAUAAAAAUGUGGUCGAAGCGAUGUUAGAAUCUGAAGAUAGGAAAGACAAGCGACACCGAGAGGACCUGGAGAUGGAGAGGGUGAAGCUGGAGUUAGAGAAAGAGAAGUUCCGGGGCGCUAUGAAACUUGGAAGUGGUUACAUAGAUGCUCUGGUUAACAUUGGGGAUGGUCUGAAACAGCUCAGUGCCGCUCUUUGUGCAAAUAUCCGUUCAUGACGUGGGUUGGUGUUUCUGCUGCUCAAUAUUUUUUAGAUUUUGAAUUCAUCACAAGUUGAUGAGCAAGAAUUCCUUCGCGGAGUGACAAGCCGAGCCUUUCGACAUGGCAUCUGAGCUCAGCUGCAGGGUAUUGCAGCAUAUCUGCUGAACAUUAUUGAGUUUACUUGUCAACUCCUACUCGACCAUUGCUGAAAUAGCAAGAACAUUCUCUGUACUGUAGUUGCAAGUGGAUUUCAAAACCUUAUGUAUGAAGCGCAGAAAACAUUAUCUAGAGCUCUCUUUGCUGUCAAAGCUCUGUCGUCCCUUUCACAGAAAUCCAUUGCGUUGAAGGAUUACAGCGUUUCUUUGAAGACAAUUGAAAGGAAGAAGGUUUUAAGGCAUGCUGGGCAAUUUCGAGCCCUGUGUUAGUGUCGAUGCGUAAUCACUUGUCUCGAGAUAACCCACACUCAACCUAUAUUGGUCACUGCGUAGUAGAGUUGAUUGAUGCCUCAUGUCUCUUGUGAAAGGCAUUCUUAGUAAUCUUGCAUUUUAAGAGAUGCCAGAAGCAUGUUGCCACCCUUCGAAAUAACACAUAAUAACGCAUAUUGUGCAGGAGCCUGGUCA